CUGGUUUCAUCACCAUUUCACCGAUACAAGCUUAGUGUUUUCUCUAUAUUUUGUGAUCAAACAAGUAAUAUCAAUCAAAAGAUUGAAGGCAAAUUUGUGAUUUUAAGUGUACUCAUAAUGAGUCUUGUCAUGGCGCAAAUUCAAGUAGAAGCAGAAAAGAUCUGUUGCCGUAACACUAGAGCUAGAAAUAUAUUCGAUUCAUGCAGGGCUCAAGGUAUCCCCUUGGACUUUUGUUUAAGAGUUACUGAUUGCAUAAGUUUUCCUCAUAAUACAUGCCCACCACAAUUUCCCGCAAAUCGUCUUGAACACUCUGCUGAUGUUGUCAAUGAAUACUGCAAAGUGGGAUGUACAUCCUCCUUGUGUGGUCCUUUGACCACUGUCCAGAACUCGGGUGCAAGUGAAAUUGGAGAUGGAGCGGUUGAACAAUGUGCCAACGCAUGUUCAAUUUUAUGCACUACUGGCUCUACUAAGCUUGCAGUUGAAACCGCCUAAAAAGCAUAUCCUCGAAGAUAUACAAAAUCUAAGUUUCAGAGUUGUUGUUCUUGUGUUUACAGAGCUGUGUGCUAGUAUUUCAAUAAAAGCUCUUUCUGGGUUGUAUGUGUAUCGUAGAAGGUUGUCGAUCAUGCCUUCUACUUCCUAUUGAAUAAUUCUCAUGGUUUGAAAUUUGGUUAAUUUGGUCAUAAAGAUUUUCAUAAGAGGAAAAAGAAACUAAAAUGAAGAUUUUGUUGUAAUUAGAGAGUUUAGAGACCGAAUGUUUCUGUGUUAUUAUUAAUGAUCAAGGGGGUUCCUUUA